GUGAAGCUAAGGCUGGAUCUGUGUCGCAGCUUAAACGUCCGCGAAGAGAAUUGCGAUUGCGAGGAACAGUGCGACUGAGAAUGCCUGAUCAUCCGUUUCGCUUUGUCGGAAAACUGAUGAGUGCGCCGCAUACAGCUGUAGCUAUGUCGGGGAAAGACUCUGGAGCACUUCGGGAGUCGCGGUCGGAGAGUGGGUUGGAACGACAGGCACUACAAGAAGGGCACGACCAGGAAAAUGAGGAGAGGUCGCGGUCAUGCCCGUCUUCGGUGAGGAGGGAGUCUCAAUCGCACCCUUUCUCCUACCGCCCGCUGCAAUCCGAUCAGCCCGAUCAGCCUCGGCAAGAGUCAGAACAGCAGAAGAAUUGGACGUCAGAGGAGCCUCCUACACCAUCACAACGUAUACCUGGGCCCCAGACGAAGCUGCAGCCGCUGCUGAGGAGGGACAACGUAUGGUCUGGGCAAGGACGAAACGAAGGGUCUGAGCAUGUCCACGAUGUACUGCCGCAACGGAUCGUAAGACCUGUCCAGGAUAGCUAUGCGCAAUCGGGGGUACCGGGGCGACCGCCUCAAACUGCCCCCGUCGCUCAGGUCGCCAAGAGGCCUUGCGGCAACAGCUACUGUCGCCCGUUGUCAUUUACCAACAGCAAGUGCCAGCGCAGACUACAGUACAUCAGCUCACAGAGCAGCGAUGGGAAUAUAGUGAUCAAAUUCGGGCGGAGAGGGGGUUGCAACCGCUUGUUGGGGUGGACGUUUAUUCGCAAGGGCAGCAACCUCCGCAUUACCAGCAGCAGCAGCAAGAGCACUUUGUCCAGAGUCAGACAGGUCAAUCAUUCCAGUCACAGUCACUUCGACACAGUAUGCCCCGAUAUAUAGAGCGACCUGAGCAGCGACUGCGGGAAUCUUUUACUGAGGAAGCAAGAGCUCGAACCGAGCGCUAUCAGCAUCUCCCACUUACGCAAUCGGCGCAAACCGCAGCAUCAUCUAUACAGGGAAACCAACUGGCACCACUACAACCUCUACGGCUCAAACCCGAGGUCUCACAACCCACAGUCUCAUCACUUCGCAGGGAAGAAGUCCCGGCUCGGUUUGACAAUCUGCCCGAUGUGUUACCU